UUGAAACGAGGCGAGGGAGCAAGAGGCUCCGUGAGCCUCAGUCUGUGUCUUGGAUGCCAAUGACAGCACCAUGAGUGGAGCCCAGGAGGAGAUGGCUGCCGCUACUGCUGCACAGACCUCCUCUCUGGACGUCAGCAGCGCCGCUCUUGGUCUGCAGGACAGAACCCACACGGCCCUCUUUGAGUUUCGAGUGUUCAACAUCACUGUCGCCGUUCUGGCCUUGUGCAUCCUGGUGUUCACCGGUCUGUACUGCAUCACCGUCUGCUUCAACCGCAACAGGCAGUGGAAGCGCGCCCACGCGUACGAGAGCGCGGUGACCCGAGGGGAGCCGGUGGACCCCGUGGCGGUGCGGGCCGUGAAGAGGUCCACCAGCUUCAUCAACCCCUUCGCCCUCUUCAGGAGGCCCGAGGCGGAGCGCGACAAGGCCCGGAUCUACUACAUCUACAGCAACCCGCUGCCGGUCGGCCUGGAGGAGGAGGAGGAGGAGGAGAGGGAGCGGGAGAAGAGGCUGGAGGAGCGGAGGGAGCAGGAGGAGAGGAGGCUGAAGGAGGGGGAGAGGGAGCCGGACAAGAGGCGGGAGGAGACGAGGAAGGAGAAGAGGGAGCAGGAGAAGAGAGAGCAGGAGAAGAGGAGGGAGAGGGAGCAGGAGAAGAGGCUGGAGGAGACGAGGAAGGAGAAGAGGGAGCAGGAGAAGAGAGAGCAGGAGAAGAAGAGGGAGCAGGAGAAGAGGCAUGAGGAGGAGGUGAAGGUGAAGACUGUCCUGUCUCAGUCGCUGCUGAUCCGGGAGUAUGCCCAGGACCCGAACAGUGGGGUCACCCUGGACCCGCCCAUGUUUUACAUGCAGCUCUAGAGACACCGGGGGAACAUCGGACCCCUCGAGAGGCUUGAUACCGCGUGAAACACACCGAUCUGAAACGUGAAAUGCACAUCUCGGAGCAUCGUUUCCAGGAACCCCUUUUGAGCGAGGCGGCCGUUCAGACCGACCCCGGUCACAACCCAAGCCGAGUCGACGGGGGAGCGCUUUGUAGACAUGUUGUAGCGAAAUGACCUCAGAGGCAGCC